UCCCCUUCGCGCUCCCCAACGCGACGUCCCUCUUGCACAGGUGCAGCAGGAGGUUUCCAAGGAAACCGCGCUGCGGGGCGGGCCUUAGGGGGCAGGAAGUGACGUUCUCGCCGCGCGUCGGCUGUGUGAGGGGCUCGAAGAUGGCGGCGCGCAAAGGGCGGCGGCGCACGUGUGCAGCCGGAGAACCCAUGGAAGCAGAGUCGGGUGAGCCCGGCUCUGAGGGCCGGAGCCAGGUGUACCUGCCCGGGCGGGGACCUCCGCUGCGCGAAGGGGAGGAGCUGGUCAUGGACGAGGAGGCCUAUGUGCUGUACCACCGGGCGCAGACAGGCGCCCCCUGUCUCAGCUUCGACAUAGUUCGAGAUCAUCUGGGAGACAACCGGACCCAGCUUCCUCUUACCCUUUACCUGUGCGCGGGGACACAAGCCGACAGCGCGCAGAACAACAGACUGAUGAUUCUUCGCAUGCACAACCUGCAUGGCACCAAGCCCCCAGCCUCAGAGGGCAGUGAUGAUGAAGAGGAGGAUGAGGACGAGGAGGAUGAGGAGGAGCGGAAGCCGCAGCUGGAGCUGGCCAUGGUCCCCCACUACGGCGGCAUCAACCGAGUGCGGGUGUCGUGGCUGGGCGAGGAGCCCGUGGCUGCGGUGUGGUCAGAGAAGGGCCAGGUGGAGGUGUUCACACUGCGGCGGCUGCUGCAGGUGGUCAAUGACCCCCAGGCCCUGGCAGUCUUCCUCCGGGACGAGCAGGCCCGAGUGAAGCCUGUUUUCACCUUUGCUGGCCACAUGGGGGAGGGCUUUGCUCUCGACUGGUCCCCCCGUGUGCCUGGUCGCCUGCUGACCGGCGACUGUCACAAGAACAUCCACCUCUGGACGCCCACGGACGGCGGCUCCUGGCACGUGGACCAGCGGCCGUUCGUGGGCCACACGCGCUCCGUGGAGGACCUGCAGUGGUCACCAACCGAGGACACGGUCUUCGCCUCCUGCUCGGCCGACGCCUCUGUUCGCAUCUGGGACAUCCGUGCAGCCCCAGGCAAGGCCUGCAUGCUCACCACAGCUGCUGCCCAUGAUGGGGACGUGAAUGUCAUCAGCUGGAGCCGCAGAGAGCCCUUCCUGCUCAGUGGGGGGGACGACGGGGCCCUCAAGGUGUGGGACCUACGGCAGUUCAAGUCUGGCUCCCCGGUGGCCACCUUCAAGCAGCACGUGGCUCCCGUGACUUCUGUCGAGUGGCACCCCCAGGACAGUGGGGUCUUUGCGGCCUCCGGUGCAGACAAUCAGAUCACACAGUGGGACCUGGCCGUGGAGCGGGAUCCUGAGGCGGGCGAGGUUGAGGCUGAGCCGGGGCUGGCAGACCUCCCCCAGCAGCUGCUGUUCGUGCACCAGGGCGAGACGGACCUGAAGGAGCUGCACUGGCACCCGCAGUGCCCUGGCGUGCUGGUCAGCACGGCCCUGUCGGGCUUCACCGUAUUCCGCACCAUCAGCGUCUGAGGCCGCCCCGGCCUGGCCUCCUGCCUAGGACCUGAACUGGACGCUGCCUCCCUGGAAGGGCUCAGGUGGACGCGGGCUGUCGCCCUGCCAUGGGCCGUCAGACACGGUCCAGUCCAGGCAUGGCUUUUGCUGCCGCUCCAGAAAGCCAUCCCUGCUGGGAUCCGCUCAGGGUUGGCGGGCCCAGGAUGGCCUGUGUGCUGCAGAUUGUGGGGCCUGACCAGGGUGUGGGUUCCUCCAGCUAGCUCGGGGUCCACCCUUGUCUUCCGGCCCUCAGGGUUUGAUUGGGACUUCCCGGCAGGGGGCUGUGAGGGACGCGCCCCUGCCUGAGCUGAAGGUGCAGGUUUCCUGCCAGGCAAUAAAGGAGUGGACAGCC